UCGGUCCUGCCAGAGAUGGAUGGAGUCUCUGAAUUCGCCAGCUAUGUCUCCGAGACAGUGGAUGUCCCGUCCCCGUUUGAUCUCCUGGAACCCCCAACCUCUGGGGGCUUCCUAAAGCUUUCCAAGCCCUGCUGCUACAUAUUCCCAGGAGGGCGGGGGGAUUCGGCUCUUUUUGCUGUCAAUGGAUUCAACAUCCUGGUGGACGGCGGCUCGGAGAGGAAAUCCUGUUUCUGGAAGCUGGUCCGGCACCUGGACCGGAUCGACUCAGUACUCCUGACCCACAUUGGGGCUGACAACCUUCCAGGCAUCAAUGGGCUUUUGCAAAGGAAGAUUGCCGAGCAAGACGAAGAGCAGUCACAAGGCUCCACCAACUACAGUGACUGGAUGAAGAAUCUCAUCUCUCCUGAACUCGGGGUUGUUUUCUUCAACGUUCCCGAGAAGCUCAAAAUGCCAGAGUCCUCCAUGAAGGUCAAAAGGAGCAUCGAAGAGGCAAGCCUGACACUGCAGUACCUGAACAGGCUGGGAAUGAAGCCGGAGCCUCUCUACAGAGUUGUCAGUAACACCAUCGAGCCCAUCACACUGUUCCACAAAAUGGGGGUUGGGAAACUGGACAUGUACAUCUUGAACCCAGUCAAGGAGAGCAAAGAGAUGCAGUUUCUCAUGCAGAAAUGGGCUGGAAACAGCAAGGCCAAGACGGGUAUUAUUCUUGCCAGCGGGAAAGAAGGGGAGAUAUCUGUACCUUAUUUGACAUCCAUCACAGCUUUGGUGGUUUGGCUCCCAGCAAGUCCAACUGAAAAAAUAGUAAGAGUUUUGUUUCCUGGAAAUGCUCCACAAAACAAGAUUCUGGAAGGUCUUGAAAAACUCAGGCACCUGGAUUUUCUCAAGCAUCCCGUAGCUACCCAGAAGGAAAUGGCUUCUGGUUUACCGUCACCUGCGCUGAAACAGACCAAGAUUAAACAGAGGACAGACAGCAGAGAAAGCCUCAAAUCUUCCUCUAAGCCAUUUGGAGGAAAGGGAGCACCCGAGGAAGGGGUGAAGGAAGUAAAGGCCGAAACAGUAAAAGAGACCAAAACUGAGAAAAAAGCAAAAGAACCCUCUGAAAAACUCCCAGAGAAGCCAGUUAAGCCCGAAAAGAUAAAAACGGACACUAGUGACGCCCUUAAAGCCGAGAAAAGAAAACUAGCCAAAGACAAAGUUGGCAAGAAGCACUUGAAAGAAAAAUCUUCUAAACUGGAAGAGAAACGGGACAAGGAAAAGAAGGAGAUUAAGAGAGAGAAGAAAGAGCUGAAAAAAGAAGAUGGAAGGAAAGAGGAAAGGAAAGAGUCGAAGAAAGACGAAAGAAAGAAGGAAGCCAAACCAGAACCCAAAAAAUUGCCUAAACCUGACUUAAAGCCCUUCACUCCUGAAGUGAGGAAGACCUUAUACAAAGCAAAAGCUCCAAACAGGAUAAAAACUGAGAAAGUCCGGAGCAAAGUUGAAAAGGAGCUGCUCACAGACCAGAAGACAUCUCCUGUGCGGAAGAAGCCGAGCCAACUGCAAGAGCCAGAGGGUGCGGAGCCCCGGCUCGUUCUGUCUUCACCAGAGGACCUGACCAAGGACUUUGAGGAGCUGAAGCGAGAAGAGCAGGUGAGGCUUCAGGCGGAGCUGGCUUCUGCAAAGGUCGAGGCUGGCUUCCAACAGGAUGAUGUACUCAGGCCUAUUCAGGCGAUUCAGGAAGAUGGCCAGAUAGCUGAAGAGCCCAGUGUUCCAACCUUUAUUUCCUCAGCUAGGCCAGAGAAGGAAAUAACUUCCAGCGAGGUUUUGGGGGAGUUGCCACCCCCUCAGCUGGAGGAAAGAGAGAAAACAGCUGAGAGGUCUGAUAGUGAAGAAGCAGCCUUGGUAGAACCCCUUAAAAAAGGAGAAUUUGAGGAGAACGUUGGGAGGGCAGUACCGGGGCUCCCUGGAGAAAAAUCAGGAGAGGAGAGAGAUCAGGCUGCAGCACUCAGUGACUCCCUAAGCACGAUUCACCACGAUGAAGAGAAAGACACUGCUUCAGAAAGAACGUGGAUGGGCAUGAGUGAAGAAAGCCAGGCAGGAAAGAGAGAAGAGAUUAUUGAAAAGGCAGAGCAGGAAGAGAUGGAAGAACAAUACAUAAAGGCUGAAGAGAUAAAGAGCAGCCAUCUUUCUCUCUCUCACCAACCACAGGAUGCAGCUUGGCCCUCUGAAGAAAAGGGGAAAGAGCUCAAAGAAGAAAAGGUGAGCAGAAUCAAAGCGCAUGGAAAACUAGCCCCGAAAGAGGAAUCCUCGUUUGCUCCAGUCCCAUCUGGAGAACACAUCUCUUACAUCCAGGAUGAAACUAUCCCCGGCUACUCAGAAACUGAACAGACCAUUUCCGACGAGGAGAUUCAUGAUGAACAGGAGGAAAGGAUUCCACACCUCAGAUCAGACAUCACCUCCUAUAACAUUUCUGGGCCAGGCCAGCCAAGCUUGUUUGAGGCAAUCCAUGGGAUUCCUGCCAUGACCGCAGCUGAAGGGGCCAAAGGCUAUACAGGCCAGGAACCUGAAAUCCUCAAUUACUCCACAAACAUCGUGGCAGCCCCCUUGGCGGAAGAAGAGCAUGUGUCCUCAGCCACUUCCAUCACGGAGUGUGACAAGCUUUCCUCUUUCGCCACGUCGGUGGCCGAAGACCAGUCUGUUGCCUCGAUAACAGCUCCACAGACCGAAGAGACGGGCAAAAGCUCCUUGCUGGUGGACACAGUCAACAGUAUACCUUCCUCUCGAACAGAGGCCACUCAAGGCCUGGACUAUGUACCCUCUGCUGGCACAAUCUCUCCCACCUCUUCAUUAGAGGAGGAUAAAGGCUUUAAGUCUCCCCCUCCAGAAGACUUCCAGGCAUUAACUGACAGUGAGAGAAAAUUUGAGGCCUGUAAAAAGGGCUUUCAGGAGGAGGAGGAGGAGGAAGAAGAGGAAGACGAAACUCCCAACACUGAGAGGCCUCCGAAAACCCAAGGACAUUAUGAUGCUCCAGUAUAUUCUCAGCAAGGGGUUCUGGAGGAGGGUUUCGCUGAGGUUCCCACGGAAACAACACAAGCAGCGAUAUUGCUGUUGACUGAAGGGGAAUCCCAGUUCCUUCCGGCUGAUUCUGGUGAGGCUGAAGAGCGGUGCCUGAGUCCUGACGACAGCACAGUCAAGAUGGCUUCCCCCACCCAGUCAGGCCCAACAAGUGCUGGGCACACCCCUUUCCACCAAUCCCCAGUAGAGGAAAAGUCUGACACUGUGGAGGCAGAGCUGUUUAAAAAGGGUCCUGUCGAGUGGGAUGGAGAAGGAAGCCCCAGCACAGCUAGAGAGGUGGAAGGCGGGAGAGCUGCUACGGAGGAUGGAAACGAAGCAGUGUCUGGUCUCCUUCAGGACACACCUGGCCCAGGUAGUAUUGGCCUUGUGCGUGCAGGAUUUGUGUCUUCCCAGAGCGAAAACCAGAGACUGCCCCUGGAAAGAGAGGAGCUGGCAAUAAGCUUCUACCAUAAACAGGAAACCCUUGACAUUUCUGAUCUGUAUCCUCCCACCAUAGAUGCACCUCCUGAGCCCCAGGAUGACCUCAGCCUAGAAUAUGGAAAGUGCACUGGGAGAAAGGAGUUCUCUACUGCAGAAUUACCUCCUCCAAAAGGAUGGGAGGAACUAGUAGACAGACCUGAAGAUGACCUGUCCACACAAGCUUCUGUAAAAGACGUUUCUCCAGGUGAAGUAAAAUUGUUCCCGUUUCCCAAAGAAAGUUCUGCUGAGGUAAAAUCUCCUGACGUUUCCACCAAGAAUAUGUCUCCAGAAGAUAGUAACACACUACAUUUCACAGAACCAAGUUUAGACCAAGAGAAACUGUUGUCUGAUACUAUCAAAUACAUUUCUCCAGAAGGCAGCAACAUUUCUCCGAGCCCUGAGGAGGAAACCUCUUCACAUUUGUUCACAGAAGAGAUUUCUCAAAUAGAUACUAAAUCCCACUUUAUGAAAGAGACCCCAGCAGGGGGAAAACCACUAGAUAUGUAUACCAAGGAAUUAUCUGCUGAAACAACUAGACACCAAGGUGAAACUUCAGAAGACGCUUUAGUCAAAGAGGACUUCCUCAACUCUCUCUCAUUUUCUGAACAGAGUCAAAGCACCCACACCACACAAAUGUUGCCUGCAGAGACUGGAUUCGUCUCCUUACCAGAGAAGGCCCUCCACAAAGAACCAUCUCCAGUACUUUCCUCCCAAGAGACAUCUUCACACUUGACAGACCCUGGCUGCGUUCUAGGUAGGGAGCCUUUGGAAGUCGGUUCUGAGGAGACAGAAGAGAAACAAGGCAGUGAAGAGCAGUCUCCAGAAAUGGAAGAUAUUUAUCUGCAAGAUGCAGCCUAUGAUAAGAAAGUGUGGUUUCCGGAGGAGGAAAUCUCAUGCAAAAAACGACAGAAGUAUGAUAAGGAAAGAGGAGAAUGUACGUUCUUAGAUGAUGAGGUGGAAGAUUUUGUAAAGAAAACCUUACUUUCUGUAACUGAAGACAGAAAUAUCCCUGACUCUGUGGAGUCCAAAGAUGAUGCUUUACGGUUGGCAGAGAAGGAAAUUUGGGAUACUGAAUAUAGGGAUUUCCAGGAAGAAACGGUCAUUCAAAAACCUGGGACAUUUGUCCAAGAUGACCUCUCACUUGAUGGUGACAAAUCAGAGGACCAGCAAGUGAAAGAGGGCUUGUCUGUCCAAGCAGACAUUCAGCAAAGAGUGUUGGAUGCAAAGGAAUUAAAAAUGCCUGUCUCCUUAAGCCCCCAGUCCCCUGAGCUCGAAAGCAGUCCAAAAUCCAGCUUGGAUUGGGCAGAGGUAUCUCUUCCACACCAGACUAAGAGAGACAGUGUAAUGGAAGGAAAAGAAGAGCCUUCAUACCCACACAAGCAAGUUGAGAAAGCAGCCACGGAACUGCAUACUGAUUCUGUGGGUGAGGGUCUGACCAUCGCUUCACUACCUCCUAUAUCUGCCGUGCUGGAAGAGGAGAGACAAGUAGCUUGCUCAGAUCUGAAAGAACCUUCUGUGUUAGAUAAAAGUGCCAUCAAACUCUCAUCAGGAGCCGAGGAAGAGAGAUCAGAGCCUGAUGUGCUACUCGAAAGAAUGUUAGAUCCAAAGCAGGCACAGCACAGAGAACAAAAUGCGUCUCCUGAUCAGUCCGGCGAAAGCCCAAAGCAGAAGACAGAAGACCCAGGAGGCCCUGUGAGCCCAGGAGGACUGGAAGAUGCUGUGUUUAUAGUUGGAGAGUCCCAUGAAACCAGGCAGUCCCUUUCAGGGAGUGAUCACGGAGGAAGCAGAGACCUUACUGUCCCUUUGCAGGACACAACUUCUUUGGAACCAGUGGGGGGUCUCUCAUGGACCUACACUCUGGACUCUUCUGGCCAGUUUGAAUUUUGCGAAUCUAAAGACGAUCCAGAUGGGAAACAGCAAAAAAAGGAAGAGCGAGAACCAACUCCUUAUCCCCAUGAGAAAACUUUCCAGUAUGCAGACAUCUUCGACAAAGUUACAGUGCCUGGGGCUGGCCCUUAUGGAAAAAAUGCCAUGUUCCAGGCGAAGAAAGCACGAGAGGCUCCGAGUGAAUCUCUGUACCCCAUCUCCUCCAAGGAAGAGGAGUCCUGCCUCUACACCCCUGCCGAGAAAGAACUGUCCUCUCCAGCUUCCCCGAAAGAUAAAGCAGAACCAUCCUUUGAGUAUGCAGAUGUUCACGAACAAUACUCAUCUCAGACAAAGAAGCACAGCAUGCCACAGGGCUUGGCAGACAAAGACACACCGCAGGAAAGGAGCCCUUCACCUCUCCUGUCAGAAAACAUGAUGAGCCCCGUGCUCGCCUCCUCUUCAGGAGACAAAGGCUCUUUCUGCGGCACUGCCGUCGUGGAAGGAUAUAAUCAAAGAGAAACAGCUGGUUACCUUAACGCUGUACAACCUCCAGAUGCAAACAUCAGCCAGGAGCAGAGAUCACUUUCCCCAAAGCUCUUCUACUAUGAGAAAGCUGACAGAGGAGAAGAGAGCAUCAGUGACUCAGAGUUGGAAAAAGGUGCCAAGGAGGAGUCAGAGAAAGAACCCAAACUUCCAGAACCACCUUCAGCUCUGGAGGCAGCAAGUGAGAAGGAACCAUACGCAGACAUUUCCUGGUUGGAGAAGGCUCAGGCUUCACAGCUGCGGCAAGAAACUGAUCAUUCUUUGAUGGCCCAUGGAGGGUUGUUGGGAGAGGAAAACCAGGCGGAGCAAACAGUCCAGGGGGCAAAUGAAGUUCCCGGUGACACCCUCACAAAUUCAAACAGGCAGACGUGGAUGACAACUUUGGACUCUGCGACCCCAAAUGUAUCUGUGGAAGCCGACAAACAGUACUCCAAGGAGGCGGUCUCCUCAACGAAACACACGAAUGACGCUGCACUGUGUUCGGAGAGCCCCACCAAAGGAUUCUGCUUGGUGAGUCCUGCUAAGGAGGAGAAGGACCAUCCAAAGGCCCCGGCACUUCUGAAUAAAGGACUGGAUUGUUCUUCCUCAGGUUUCGAACUCUCGUCCCUAGAAAAGCACGAGCCAUCCAUUCUAUUCAGACACGAAGCACAUUUCUCAUCUCACCUAAGAGACGCGUCUCAGACGUCAGACAUGUUAGGUCCUCUUUCCUUAGAACAUGAAUACCUGGAGGUGUCCAAAAAAGUUGUCAAGGAGAGCUCCUCCUUCACCAGAUCCUCAGCAUACGGAGAAGGGAGGCUGUCCUCUGAAGUGCCCCAGGAGCAGCAAUGCAUGGAAUCGCCCUGUCCUCCCGAGGAGGAGUCCUCCAAGACCUGCGCCCCGACGAUGCAUACAGCCGGUGCAAGCUUCUACCCCCAUUUGUAUCCCACCUAUCCGGAGGCAGCAACUGCAGAGCCAGAUCCCCAGAGCAUGUGGGACACAUCCUCGCUACUUCCAGCAGGUUCUGCAAAGACAUAUUCACAUGAAAUGGAAGGGGCUGCUACGGCCACGGAGGACAACAGCAUGAUGUGCCUGGCUGAACUGCAGCGAAAGAAAAGCUGCACUCAGCAUCUCCCGAGCCCUGAGGAACAGACAUCAAGCUCUUCCUCGCCUGAUGUACAGGAAGCUUCUCCCUCCUGCCAGCAAGAGGCCAUCGCCACAGCCAACGGCCCCACAGAGGUGAGCAGCAGUCCACUUGCAUGCCAUGGCACAUCACCUAUUCCUGGUGAGAGUUUGGAGGAGGAGGAGGAGGAGGAAGGCUGUGACAGGCAGAUCCGUCCCUCUUCCCUCCUCACCCCAGAGCCUCCCUUUCAGCCCUUCUUGCCAGGCCCUCAGCAAAGCCGCCAAGCCGAGGACCACGGUGAUGCUUUCCAUGAGCUGGAGCCACGUUUAGGAGCCGCCACUGACUGUGAGCAGAAGUUCUCGAGUGAGUACAAGCCGAGAAAGGAUGAACUGUCCCCGUCCUUCAUCAACCCAAGUCCUCAUGACUCCUCAGAAGACAGUGAGCUUUCCCAGGCGGAAGGGCAUUCUUCUGUGAAGGGGAGGCCACUCGCCAGUCCUGGUGGACACAGACAGGCCACUGCAACGGUGGAAGAAACUCCCCCCACCUCUGCAAGCGACUCUGGAACCUCCCAGUCGGAUUCUGACGUUCCUCCAGAAACAGAGGAGUGCCCGUCCAUCACGGCUGAUGCUGCCAUGGACUCGGAUGAAGAUGCCGAUUUUCUUCCCGUGGACAAAGUGGUGGGCAGCUCCCAUCACAGCAGCACGAGGUCCAGCCAUGACCCUCAGCCUGCUUCCAUGGUGGACCCCCGCCCUCAUCCUCCACACCCUGACGUCUGCAUGAUGGACCCCGAGAUGCUGCUAAGCGAACAAAACAUGAACAGACCUGAUAAAAUAUCCAAGAAGGACCUGAAAGAGAAAAACAAAGGUGUGAGGAAGCCACUGAGUAAAGCCAAGCCCUCUUCCCCUUCCAGGAAACCUGCUCUUGUGAAGCAGCCAUCGGAUAGGUCUCCAAAGCCAGCACUGGCAAAGAGAGAGAAACUACUCAAGUCCAAUGUUGAAGAGAAAGAGGAGAGCUCACGAAGCAGCCAUAACAAGAAUCUCAUCAACAGUGUCAAAACAAGCCCAGUUUCCAGUAACCCUAAAAGCAACUUAUCCGUGCCCUCUGGACCACCUAUCUACGUAGACUUGGCUUACAUCCCCAACCACUGUAGUGGGAAGAACACAGACCACGAGUUCUUCAAGAAAGUCCGAGCUUCCUACUACGUUGUCAGCGGGAAUGACCCCAGCAAUGGAGAACCCAGCCGAGCUGUCCUCGAUGCGCUGUUGGAGGGCAAGUCGCAGUGGGGUGAGAACCUGCAGGUGACCCUCAUCCCAACACACGACACAGCGGUAACCCGUGAAUGGUACCAGCAGACGCACGAGAAGCAACAGGAACUGAGCAUCAUGGUUUUGGCCAGCAGCAGCACAGUGGUGAUGCAGGAUGAGUCCUUCCCUGCCUGCAAGAUCGAGUUCUGAGCUCCGAGCGGUACGGAGUGCUCAGCCUGUCAACUUCCUUCAUUCACCCUGUAGCACACGGAGCUCUAUCUAGUGACCACUCAGUUGUCUGUUUUCUCGGCGUGGCCUGAACACCCAGGCCACUUUUUGUCUAGCUGUGGUUCUCGUUUGCCAGGAUUUGCCCAGCAUGCCUGGAGACAUGCAGA